ACACCACAGGCAUAACAGAACAGAACCAUCGAUCGAGCUUGGUUGCUCGGCAGCAGCUAGCAAUGGCCGCCAAUGGAGGUGAUGAGCUGAAGCUGCUGGGCGUGUGGGACAGCCCGUACGUCAACAGGGUCCAGAUCGUGCUCAACCUCAAGGGCCUCAGCUACGAGUACGUGGAGGAGGACCUCCUCAGCAAGAGCGAGCUCCUCCUCAAUUCCAACCCGGUGCACAAGAAAGUGCCCGUGCUCAUCCACGCCGGCAAGCCGGUCGCCGAGUCGCAGGCCAUCGUUCAGUACCUCGACGAGGCUUUCCCCAGCGGCACGUUCCCGUCGGUCCUCCCAGCCGAACCCUACGCACGCGCCACCGCCCGCUUCUGGGCCGCCUUCGUCGACGACAAGGUCGGGUCUCCAUGGCACACGGUCCUGUUCGCGCGGGAGCACGGGAAGAAGGCGGACGCGGCGUCGCGGAUCGUCGCGGCGCUGGAGACGCUGGAGGGUGCGUUCGAGGACUGCUCCGGCGGGAGGGACUACUUCGGCGGCGACGCCAUCGGCUUCGUGGACGUGGUCCUCGGCAGCUACCUGGGCUGGUUCAAGGUGUUCGAGAAGAUGGUCGGCGUCAGGGUCCUGGACGUGGCGAGGACGCCGCUCCUCGCCGCGUGGGGGGAGCGUUUCGCGGCGGCGGAAGCGGCCAAGGACGUCCUGCCGGAUGACGUUGACAAGGUGCUCGAGUUCCUUCAGAAGUUCCUGGAUUAGAUGCGCGCCACCAUGUGCUCCGGUGUCCAACUCCCAAUGUUUGUUUGCUUUGGUCAUUUUCGGUGCGCUGUUAAUGGGCCUCGGAUGUUUGCCAGUUGAUUAACUUGAUUUUAUAGAAUCUUAAUAAUAUUCUAAAACAA